CAGUGUAUGACUUUUGAAAAAACCGGAAUGGAGUUUCAGGAGGGAGCAACAUGAGCUGCUGCCUUCACCCAGAAAUGAUAAUAGGUUUUUCACCGCCUGAGAACACGAGCAGUGCUGUCUGGAAGAGCGGCCCUUUUUGGGGACACCAUUUAAUGAAAAAUCCACACGUAAAGGGUAAACAUGGCAGGCUUCCUAGAUAAUUUCCGUUGGCCGGAAUGUGAGUGCGUUGACUGGAGCGAGAGAAGGAACACAGUGGCAUCUGUGGUCGCAGGCAUAUUGUUCUUUACAGGUUGGUGGAUAAUGAUUGACGCAGCCGUGGUGUAUCCUAAGCCAGAGCAGUUGAACCAUGCCUUUCACACGUGUGGUGUGUUUUCCACAUUGGCUUUCUUCAUGAUAAAUGCUGUGUCCAAUGCUCAAGUGAGAGGUGACAGCUAUGAAAGUGGCUGUUUAGGAAGAACAGGCGCUCGAGUUUGGCUUUUCAUUGGUUUCAUGUUGAUGUUUGGGUCACUUAUUGCUUCCAUGUGGAUUCUUUUUGGUGCGUAUGUUACCCAAAAUACAGAUGUUUAUCCAGGACUAGCUGUGUUUUUCCAAAAUGCACUGAUAUUUUUUAGCACUCUGAUCUACAAAUUUGGAAGAACGGAGGAGCUAUGGACCUGAGAUCACGCCUGCCAUCACCUUUCCUUUUUGUCAUGUUCCAUUUUUAGAUCCGUUUUUAUCUCAAUAUAAUUUACACAUUGCCAAAUGGAACAGAUUGUACAUUAGGUGUCUUUGUUCCUGUACAUUUUUAUGCUGUGAGUUUUGAAAGAGUUUCAUGAAAUUUCUGUUUGUUUAUUUUUCACUGAGUAUAGACUGUUAAUAUGUACAUAACAUAGGAUUAUAUGGAUGGAAUGAUGAGUAUCAGUUUUUUAUUCCUGAAGACUAAUUGCGUGAUCUGUUCCCAAUGUACAUCAUGUCACUUUACGGUUAACUGUUUCAGUAUGUUUAAUUUUUGAAGACAUGUGAAAAAUAUAGUUUCAUGGACCUGAAGUAAGCACUGAGCCACUUAGAAAGGUAUUUCAGCAAGCUGUAAUUUAUUUUGGCUUAAAAAAGAUUUUUUUAAAGGAAAAAAAAUAAGUUCUUAUAUACUAAAGAAGUGGACUUUUAUAAGAAGAUUUUUUUAAAUGCCUGAAGGGCUAGUUUGAAAGCCUCCUUUGGAAACGACUCUUCUGAUAAGACUUUGUUUGAGAAGGGAUAGUUCAUUAUCAAAUACACUGGAUUUUGUAAGGUUAAUGUAAAAAGACUGCCAGGCAGCUGGGCGGCAACAUGUUUCUUAUAAAAGCAGCUUAGGUUCCCUCUCCACUGGGAUUCAACUGUGACAGCCUACCAUUAUCCACAUUUUAAAAUCCAAUUAUCAAGCAAGUUUGAGGCAACCACAGUUUUAAAAGCAUGAGCCAUAUAACAAAAGGGGGCAUAAUUAGUUUGAAGACAAAAGUACUUCCUCCCUAAGGGAAUUAUUACAACCUAGUGAAAAAUUAGGCAUUUUAUUUACUUAGCUACCAGAUUGCAAGUCUCAUUUUGCUCUUGCUCUCAAGCUUUGGAUGAAGUGUUCCUGCAAAAUAAUAUCUUCAACUUGAACGUUUGUGCUACAAUCAAAUACUUCUUUUACUGAGUUUCAAAUACUGUAUUUUACUAUGUGCACUCCUAUGAGAGAUUUCAGGGUGUUAGUUGGGUCUUUAAGCACCAUUUUUGCUUUCAUUUGUUUUACAAGUUUUAUGUUGCACUUUCUCCUCCAGAAGAUUUUAUAGAGCCAUGUUACAAGACAGAAUGACAUCAAUGGGAUUACCGUGUUUUUUAAUGCAGGCCUUACUUUGCUGAACUUCUCUGGCCUCUGGAGAGGCUAGCCAGGCACAGAGUAUGAAGCAGCUUGUGGAACGCUGUGCCAUUGUCUAGCUACCAUCUUGUCUAAUCCUUGCUUCUUGUGCUUUUCGUCAAAAUGUCAGUAAACUGUCUUGCUUCCAACACAUUGUAAGACUGAUUUACUUGAUUCCACUUGUAACCGGUUGCAAUAAAUAUCACAUCUCAUGUGUACUAAUGUUUUUAAAUUUGUUGGAGAAAACGAGCCAUUAAAAUGAUAUGACCUUCA